AGUUUGUACAAAAAAGGCACCGGAUUGUCAUGCAAGUGUCUCAAUAUGCGCAGCCUUCGACGCUCUCGAUCCCGAACAAUUGAGACGACCGCUGUGAAUCCCCUCAGUGCGAAUGACGAAGACAGCAUCGCUCUGCCGAAAGAGUCGGUUCUUCCCGAUAAAAUGACAGAGCUGAGAACACUGGAGCGGGAGCACACGAAACCACCGGCCCACAGCAGAGCGCUGAGAAUGUUCCCCAUUCUGGCCGUGUAUGGAACCGCUUGCUUUUCGCUCGCUCUCAUCUCUCCGUACAUACCUCAUCUGGCGGCAGAAAAGCGAGCAGAACAAUGGCAGUUCAACGUCAUUUAUGCAAGCACUAGAGCGUCUAUGUUACUUGGAAGCCUUUGUAAUAUGGCAAUCAUUCAGCGCCUUAAACCUCAUGCGACCCUGAUUGUUGCAUUCAUUGGAAUGAUUGUAUGCGUAUCAUUGUACGGCUCCACGUAUUGGAUCGUCGACGGCAGCUCAUUUGUGGGCGCCACUGUGACAAUCGGGCUGGUCUUCGGUUUCCUCUAUGCAUCUUUUGUUGUGACACUUUAUGCAGCCGCCACCUUUAGGAGCCAACGGAGCUGUGGUAUAAUAAUUUCAUCUCUGGAGUGUGUAUACGGAAUAUCUAACACAGUUGGCGUUGCCGUUGGAACUGCUCUCAUUGAGUGGUGGCCAGACGCUAUACCGUUCUUUAUUUCCGGUGGUAUCAUGUUCCUUGGUGCACCGUUUAUACUGCUACGGUCUCCGGCCAAAUCAAUCCAAGUUGCGAGAGACCAACCGGACCAAAAUGCCGUCCGCCUCGCAUUGAAUGCUCCAAUGAUUAUCAGCAUCGCAAAUGUCGGAAUCUCUAUAUCAGCCCUUGGAUUUCAUGACGGAACAUUAGAAUUUCAUCUCAAGGAAGGGGAGUUCCGGCUUCCUGAUAUAGAAGUUGUGGCGGUGUUCUCUGCUCUCUACAUCUCUUACUCGCUCGGAUCUCUCUUCUGGGGAUACCUAUUUACGUACAAGCUGGAACAAGAGGACAUUUCGGUAUUGAUCGGAUUUUUGAUAAUGGCCGUCUCAUUCCUCUUCGUCGGUCCCGCUCCAUUCCUGCCAAUACCACCGUACCUCUGGAUUGUUUAUCUUACCCAAGCCGCAAUAGGUUUCGGUGGCGCUGCUGUGAUAGUAGCCAGUUUCAGCCUGGCGUUAAAAAAAGCCAUUGAAAGAGGAUUUCCAAACAAUAUGUGGACCUACGCCACUGUUUGUGGUUUUCUCUUCGGUGCGAUUACUCUCGGAUCAUCAGUAGCACCACUGCUGAGCAAGUAUGCUACAGAAAACAUACGCUACGAGAAUGCAUCGCUCGUCAUGCUUGCGGCUUUGGUCGUUUCUGUUAUCAUGAACUUAGGAUCGUGCAUCAAAAACUCGAAGCGGAAGCGGACUAUUCUUCGCGACACGACGGAGGAUGGAACGUACAACAGCAGAGAUGACCCUUGACUGUCCCGUGCCUUCCUAGACAUUAUGUUCUUUCUUUGAUAUUCGACUUCAUACAAGGUUCCUUGGUCAUCAUUACACCUAUG